GAGUGCUCAACGAUCAUUAGAACGAUCAAGCUGAAAGUUUCAUAACUCUUCACAAUGAAGAAACGCACAUUAAUGCUCGCUUUUUUCUUGAUUUCCUUUGCGAGCAACGCUGGUGGUAGUCGAGUGAGCUGUGACGAUGAUUAUGGAGCAGUAAAGAAGAUUUGCCAUAUUUAUCAUGACAUUGACGACCCAGAAAUCACUUUAGCGCCACCUUCAAACGUUUCAAUCCUCUUACUAUCAAUUCGUGAUAAUAAAGGAGUGAAAUAUUUACCUGUGAAUGUGUCAAAAACUUUUCCUGAUUUGCCCCAUUACGAUGCUAUAAAUUGUUCCAUCACAAAUAUUUAUAGAAACAAUGUUCGAGGAUUAACAUUUCUAACGACAUUAAAUUUAAGAUAUAAUGAAAUUGAAACAGUAAAACGAGACGUCUUUUCAGAUUUGACAUCCCUGCUUGCUUUGUCUCUUUCUGACAAUAAAGUUAAGCAUAUUGAAGACGGCGCUUUCUAUGGACUAACAAAACUGAUGGCUAUAAACCUCAACUCCAACGUAUGCGUAAAUGAAAAAAUUAGCAGUCGAGGACUGAAUAAAACUGAAAUUGAAAUUUGGGUUUCAAAAUUUUAUAUUCAAUGUCAGCUGCAAGAAAAUUCACAAUCAGGGCAAAACUAAAAUCAAAUCGUUUGCAUGUCAAUCGAAAAUCUUCAAAGUCAAGAUCGAAACAAUGUGUAAGAAAGAAAAGAAAUUUGUAAUAAAAUUAUUUGAUUUCAACUUCC